UCGGAGUGGUGGUGUGGUGGUGUAAGAGUGAGACGGACAUAUAAGCAAGUGCGGCACGGUGGUCCAGAGUAGCAGGAGCUCGCCGGAGAUGGUGGUGGUCGCUGUGUUGGUGGCGAUGGUGGUGGCGGCUGUGGAGCAGUGCAGCGCGUCCGAGCCGCUAGUGGUGCGCGUCAACAAGUGCUGCCCUCUGCACCAGCAGCUGGCGAUAAACAUGACCGCCUGCCUCGACUACGAUUACGAGAAGUACGAGGUGGCGCGCACGGCUCGCUCUACACCCACGCCGUCGACGGCUGCGUCGUCGCCGCCGCCGCCACCGCGGCUGCCGUGGUGGGUGUCUGCGAAGCUGCGCGUGGUGAUGCCGUCUGGGCAGGAGGUGGGGGCGGCGGGGGUGGCGUGGCUCGCCAGCCCGGGGACGGCGCCCGGCUGCCCCGCGCCCUGGCGCUCCCUGGUGAUGCAGCACCUGAACCAGUUCACCGUCACGCACGACGGCCGCAUGCUGCUGUACGACGCCGGAGACGAAGACGACGACGGCGUAGACGACGCCCCGCUGGAGCUGCCCGCCGGCGCCUUCUGCCUCGACAGGAUCAAGGUCCGACAGGACGGCGAGGGCCGGCUGGUGGCUCUGGCGUGCGAGUGCUCGUCGGCGUCGGCGUGGUGCUGGCGCAGCUGCUGCCCCUCGGGUUACAAGCUGGACGUGGCGGAGCUGGACCGCGUCCACCAGAACGUCGACUGCGUCAGCGACGCCUCGCCAGAGGCACCCAGGCCCUGGCUGCCCACGCUGCCCAACAUGCGCCGCCGGGAGGUCUACGGAUUCCCCAAGUGCGAGAAGGGUGAGCACAUCUCGGAGACGUACGAGGCGCAGUCGUGGCAGUUGCUGGCCAACGGCAGUGCGCUGGUAGGGGGCGUGGCUGUCGCGCAGCCCCUGGAGCGCUACUGCGCAGACGCGGCGGGCCACGGCGGCCGCGGUCAGCUGCUCUACUGCAGCGACAGGUCCGUCUCCUGGAAGCCCAACCGCCAGCGCGGCCUGCUCUACGGGCUGCUGUUCGGACUAGGCGCCAUCUUCCUGCUCGCCACCGUCCUCCUCUACAGCUGCCUGCCCGGCCUGCUGGCUCGGAUGCACGCUCGCGCCGUGGUGUGCCACGCUACCUCUCUGCUGGGAGCCUACGUGGCGCUCGCCGUGAUGCAGACGUGGCCCGACAUGCCGCCGCCAGCCUGCUCUGCCGCCGCAUUCAUUGUGCAGUAUUCCUUCCUGGCGGCGUUCUUCUGGCUCAACGUCAUGUGUCUGGACAUUUCCUGGGCCUUCAGUGGGCUGCGUUCGCUGCAGGGCGGCGCCUGGGACGGCGACCGCCGGCGCUUCUGGUGGUUCUCCGCCUACGCGUGGUGCGGCGCCGCCCUCGUCUGCGCGGCCACCGCUGCCGUCGAGUUCUCAGAUUCCGUGCCCAAGGGCGCCAAGCUGAAACCAGACUUCGGGGCCGUGCGCUGCUGGUUCAGGGGGCGCGAGGCGACGCUGCUGUUCUUCUACGGGCCGGUGGCUGUGUUGCUGCUGGGGAACCUCUCCCUCUUCACCUACACCGCCGUCAAGAUCGUCUCUGCUCACAAGGAGACGCAGAUACUCAACAUGGUGGACGGGCGCCGCCGCGGCAAGUCCAGCGGACACAGCAUCUACCGCAAGGAACGCCAGAGGCUAGUGCUGUACACCAAGCUGUUUGGACUGAUGGGACUGACGUGGGUGAUGGAGAUCGUGUCGUGGGCUGUGGGCGGACCUGCCUACUACUGGUACCUGACGGACCUGGUGAACCUACUGCGGGCUGUCUUCCUGUUCUACCUGUUUUGCUGCAAGCGCAGCGUGCUUCGGCUGCUCAGGUCACGACUGCCCUCCUGGUGCCCAUGCUCACUGCCGCCAUCAGAGGGUCAUGGAGGUUCUGGAUCAGGCAGCAGCAAGAGCAAGACGGAGACGCGCAGCCGCAGCUUGACCUCGCAGCGCACCACCUCCUUCAAGCUGACGGAGCAGCAGAUCCUGCAGCUGACUCAGCAGGCCUUGCCUCAGCAACUGGACACUCAGCAGCCACCAGAACAGCAGCCGCAGCAGCCCAACGGCCACGCCACCAGCCCCCCAGACACCACUCCAAUUUGAGGCUACACCUCAGAUGGGCGUUUUGUGUGCUUCACAGCUGCUCACCUCCGUGAUGUUGCUUAUGAUGCCUUCCAGGCCGAAUGAUCAGGUGUAUCCCUGCAUCAAAACUUCAGUACCAGCGAACAACAGCUGCAUCUUGCAGCUGCCUUUGUGCCACUAUCUCUGUUGGGCAUCCUCCUGGUCACUUGCAUGCCUGCCAUUGCGGCCUAGGUUCGUGCUGUAGCUGACACUGCCCACCAGGCUGAAGAAACCAAUCAGACGCCAUUCCAUCUUACCACUGGCGACGUUGACGCAGCAACAUCAGCGUGAAGAGAAGUUGACACGCGUGUGUUCCUCACUAACUGUAAUGACCACAUGGCAACAACACUGAAGACCGUGGAGCUCAGUAUUCUUGCGUGUGUAGCAUUUCGGUCCUGAUUGGAUUUGUGGUGUUGAUAGUAUUCUGGCUGUUUCGUUGACUUUUUCAGAGUGACGAGGCGGCAACUUCUUUUAUAAAACCAGCUCCGUGAUAACCUUGACUAGCGCGUCCUUGUCCUAACACCUUCUGACGAACAACUGGCUUUAUUCGUGCUCAGUGUUGUAGUUAAAUACCAAUUAUAUUCUGUGAACGACAGGCUUUUAACCACGCCUGUCAGUGAUUUUGUCCCUCAUACACUCUAAUGGGAAAGACUAAUUCAAGCUGUAUGGGAUAUUAGCUGUCGCUGUAUGACCUGUGGGAACAUUUUUUGAAGUGCAGCUGGAUGUGGAAAGUGUUUUCUUACAUUAAUAAGGAAAUGACAACAUAUUAACUCCUUAUAAAACGGUUGGUUGUUCUCAGGUGUGAGACGCUGUUUUAAAAGAUAGGGGGAGUAUCUACUGAGGUUUUGAUAAGUAACUGAAGCAACUAGUCACCUUUCUUAUUAAAUACAAACGUUGUAACGACAGAGUAAUCUUUUGGCACGAGCCAGUGGAGUACACUUCCAUAUCUCAGAGAACAAUUUAGAAUACAUGACCGUUUCUGAAUCUGUAACUACCGGCGAAGUUGCCACGAAAACAAUGAAGAACAAUGAAAACUUCAAAAUAAGUGAUGUACCUAGUGGAAAGUGACGAUUAUGACAUUUCAGACGUGAAAGAAAGUUCAGAAUCGACCAGCAUGCAUUUUGAAAGAUUGGGUUUCAGCGUUUCCGCACUGCUAUGAGAAAUGUCAAUCACGCUUUGAUGAUAACAAUUGUAUCUGAGGGUGUUUCAAAACAUACAGCUUUGAUAUUUAAAGCUAAAUUUCACGACUGGUGAAAAGCUGUAAGCAACUGGCUACCCAAAAAAGAAAACGUGGAAUUUUGACACUGAGGAAAUGGAUGUUUGUAGACUCCACGCUGAUCAGUUUAUUUCACGCUGAACAUCCUGUUGACACCGCACUGUUCAAGGGAUUCUUUCGCUGAAAAACUUCCUCGUAUACGUAAUUGGUCAGACAGGAAGACACACGCAGAAUGGUAAGAAGUCAUUGUUCCUAGUGUCUUGGUUCCCAGCAUCCUUUACACGGAACGUUUCGGAGCAAUGGAACUAUUUAUUUCAGAGAACCUCCAGUGAACCAGUAAUAGGUCCAUAUCUCAGUGAAUUACGUGAACCAUGCAAAGUUGGGAAUAUGGUAUUAUUCAUACGUUGCCUCAACUAAAACAUACAUGUGUAAUGAGAUAUUGAAGACAUAGCGUAUUAUUAUAAAGGCAUCGCUCAAUACGUUCCAAUAUGUAUAUGAAUUAACUUUUUGCCUUUGGGUAUCGCAAAUGCCAAUUUAUUUGAUAUAAAUGACAUGAUCUGUGCCUGAAUGGCAUGAGACCCGCCAGUUAUAUUUCGCAGAAUGGGACGGAAUGUCGUAGGACAAUUUUGAAUACAAGACCGUUUGUGAAUUUGCAACUAUCGGAGAAGUUACCACGGAAAAAAAUCAAGAACGAUGAACAGUACAAGUUAAGUGAUGAAAAGGAGAAUCUAUGGGGGACAGACUGUCAACGACAGCUAAUGCAUGUGGCAAUUUAUGUUUCCCGAAGUAGUUUAUUGAUAGUGAAUAAAAACUUAUACACGCAAGUGCACUGCAGUGAUCGUACUGUCAUAUUGAACCCAUUACUUGCAAAGGCCAGUUAAAACAAUGACACGAGACAGGUGUUCUUACUGAUAUCACCUGCAUGUUUUUGAGUUAUUUUACGUUACGACCAUCGAACAAUGAUACAACUAAGUUACAAAUAAAUGUGGAGAGGUUUUAAUCUUCUUGGAAAGACAUUUUUGGUAGUGCACAUAAUAUUGGGUUGCUGGGACAACCUUAAAAAACAAUUGAGGUAAUAAUAAAUUACGAUGGACUUCGUACAGAAGUGAUUUUUGCACUCAGCUCUUCGUCUUACACUAGUCAUUUGGACAACUGAUGUCUAAAAAAUAAAUGUUUAUUUCUCCAUUUAAGAACUACACAGUUCUGAUAGCUGUUUUUGAAAUAUUAGAGUCUCUUGAGGAUUGUUGUACCUUACCACAAUAAAGAUAUUCAACCUUUGUUGCACAUGUUUAA